AUGCUUGUUAAUUAAUCAUCCAAAGUUAAUAAAGAAAAUUAAAACCCACUACUAAUUGUCAAUUAAUAAGAAUAACUCAAAUUAAAUGGUGUAUUACCUAAAAAUCAUUUUAAUCAAGGAAUCACUAAUAAAUUUUAAAGCACUGUCUCAUGCUAUUAAUAAUCAUUAACAAAAUGCACUAGUUCAAGAUCAUUAUAAGAAUAAAUUGAAAGAAUUGCCAAAAAACUAAAAUUAAAAUAAGAAAAAGAAAUAGUUCAACAACCUUAAGAUUUAAAUAAAUAUUCAAUUGAUGAAAUGGUUGAAAUUCUUAAAAAUGACAAACUUUUGCAUAUAAGAUCCUUAUAAAUUUAACCAAGUUCUAAUAAGAAUAAAUAAAAAAGUCCUAAGAGCCUAUUUCCUCCUUUAACAUCUAAAUAGAAUUUUUACAGUUUUGAAACCACAAAAAGCUCUGAAAAUGAAACUCUCAUUCAUAAAUUAGACUUUAGAUCAUAAUAAUAUUAAUAAUCAAAACCAAAAUCUAUAUAAAAAACUGAAAGCAGAGAAACUAUUAAACCUUAAGAAGACUUAAGAAAAAAAAGAACUGUUUCAUAGAUUAUUGAACCACCUGCCUAAUUAUUAACUAAAAAAGAAAGAAUAGAAAGGGCUCUCCAAAAUUCAUAAAGAAUAGUAUAAUUAUGUAGUUAAUUCAAUAAACACGAUAUUACAAAUGAAGAAUUGCAUAAAUUAAUUAAAACUGAAGGAUUUAAAUUGCAAUUUGAAUGCUUAGUUUAAUUUAGCGAUAAUAGUUUAGAUGGCAGAGCUUAAUUAUAAAACUUUAUGAAUUCAUAAAUAAAACAAUAUACCGAAUUAAGGAAUGCCGAAUUAGAACACUAAAGUAUUAUAUUAUUUUAUAUUAUAUAGUUAAGAAAGAAAAUUUUCAUUAAGUGCUUGAUAAUUGUCUAAAUACAUUAAAAUCUAAAUAUUGA